CAUGACUCUCGUCUUCUCCCGGGAGUCUCGCGGUGACAGCUCUGCUGAGAUCAUCGGCGGAAAAGAAAGGAUUCGCAAAUGGAGGUGGCAGAAAUGAUCGCUGUUUGAACAACUCAAGGUACAUCUGACCAUGUCUGAAUCUCUGUAUGAGAAGUUUUUGGCGCCAGAGGAGCCUUUCCCUCUCCUCUCCCAAAGAGCCAACCUCAGCGAUGUGGGAACUCUGGACGUCAGUGACUUUGGCUGUCAACUCUCAUCUUGCCACAGAACGGAUCCUUUGCACCGUUUCCACAGUAACAGGUGGAACCUCACAUCCUGUGGGACCAGCGUUGCGAGCUCAGAGUGCAGCGAGGAGCUCUUCUCCUCGGUGUCUGUGGGGGAUCAGGAUGACUGUUACUCCCUCCUGGAUGACCAAGAACUAACGUCACUGGAUUUAUUUCCUGAAGGCAGCGUUUGCAGCGAUGUCUCUUCUUCUAUCAGCACAUACUGGGACUGGUCUGACAGUGAAUUCGAGUGGCAGUUGCCAGGAAGUGACAUCGCAAGCGGCAGUGAUGUCCUCUCUGACAUAAUCCCGAGUGUCCCGAGCUCACCGUGUUUGUUUUCCAAGAGGAAGCCGAAACCUCACCCUCAUCGCAACCUGGAUGAACUGCCGUGGAGUGCCAUGACCAACGACGAACAGGUGGAGUACAUCGAGUACCUGAGUCGGAAGGUGAGCACAGAGAUGGGGCUGAGAGAGCAGCUGGACAUCAUCAAGAUCAUCGAUCCCUGUGCUCAGAUCUCUCCCACCGACAGCGAGUUCAUCAUCGAGCUCAACUGUCUCACCGAUGAGAAACUGAAACAGGUGCGUAACUACAUCAGAGAGCACAGCCCGAGGCAGCGAGCCAGCAGCACCAGAGAGGGCUGGAAGAGGAGCAGCCACAGCAGCGCCAGCACAGGCGGCGUCAGCGGAGCCAGCAGCAGCAACGCCAGCAUGGUCAGCUCAGCCAGCUCCUCCACCGGAUCCACAGCCUCCAACUCUGUAGCAGGUGGAACAGCCUCAGCCUGUAGUGGAAGCAGCGUUGCCAACAUUAGCCGAGCUCACAGCGACGGCAACCUUUCCAGUGCUGCAGAACGUAUACGAGACUCUAAAAAACGUUCGAAGCAGCGUAAGCUCCAGCAGAAAGCUCUCCGGAAGCGCCAGCUCAAAGAGCAGCGACAGGCCCGAAAGGAGCGCCUCAGCGGACUGUUUCUGAACGAGGAGGUGCUGUCGCUACGGGUGACGGAGGAGGACGACCACGGUGACGACCUGGAUAUAUUGAUGUGACACCAGUGAAUCAAUCAGUGCUCCCUCUAAACCUGCUCUCCCGCCACCUAGCCGCUAGCAUAGAGCUUAUAGACCGCGCUGACCCACAUCGCUGCAUGCAUCGGCUCUGAAUAGGCUAAACAUGCUUAGAACGCAUUUUGUAAGAGUAACGUGCCAGGCAGUAUUAGCUUCUAUAUCUUAGCUUAACAUAUUGUUUGCUUAUAUAGCGCAUACAAACGCUAGCUGCUGCUAUUCUUACUAAGCUAGUCACAGUAACGAUGCAAAAAACAAUGCUAAUGCUUUGAUAAGACUCAGUCUAGCCUGCGUUUAGCUAACGGCCGCAGAUACAAAUGAAUCUACACUACUAAAGACGGCUAUUUCAGCUGAAUACAGUCAACAAGAGGAUUGCUUCUAGAUGCUGCUAGAGCGUAUAUAAUCACUGCUACUAAUCCAACCACCACAGACAGAAGGACAGAUCAGAGAACAGAAGCAGAGUUUGGCGGUUUAGCUUCAUGCUGCGCCAGAAUAACCAAGUUUUUAUUCUUUAUACGACCACAGCGGGGAUUUUAGGUACGAGCUGGUGGCAGGGCUGUAUCUGCACUAGCCAGACUCUGUUCAUCUGUGGAUUGAGGUUAAAUAAACACCUGCAGCAGCAAAGAGUCAAUUCCUCCAGUUCUAGUCAAUGUGGUGUGAAUGUAAGAUAUCAGCAGCAGCAGAUUUAACAUGGUGGUGGAUUUGCUUAAAUACGAGCCCUCUUGUUGUGACGAGUUCAGGGGAAACACCACAAUAUUUGAAAAGUAAUGUCAGGGAAAAAUGAUUGUUAAUGUCGAAAAUAAUCCUUGAUAACAUACGAAUAAUGAAAGCUGUGGAGGUUUGUAGGUGUGAAACGGAAGCGAGCUGGUCUGUCUUUCUAUCGCUGAGUGUCGUGGUCCCAUUUCACUUCCAAGGCUUAGAGGGAGCACUGAAACACUGCAUGUUAAACUCGUCACCCACACCAGACCCUCAUGUGGUCCACUGACUAACAUACACCUGUUAAAAUAGCUUCUCUGUGUUGUAAAUAAACGAUAAGUAACAUCAUAUUUACUGCUUGCUUUCAAGUUUUCCUUGGUGAUAAAGAUUUUGAUUUAGUUUAUUUUUCCCAUUUGUGUGUGUAUAUAAUGACGAUAUAGUGAGCUAAUUGGUGUUUGCAGCUUGAAUGCUUUAAAUCGCGGCUGUUCUUUUGUAAUUUUUUGAGUCUUAAGUUGAUGGAUUUGGUUGUUAUGUGACAUUUUUGAUUUUUCUUUUUCCUGCUAACACUCCUACCUGAAUGAUUUGACCAUCAUGAUGAGGUUUGAAGCGUUCGAGCGCUGGUGGAGUCUUACCAGAGGUUUUUACGGAUCACUUUGUACUGUAUCGCUGGUUUGGUUUUGGCGCUAAAACUUGAGCUGGUUUCUUAAGCAUCUAACAUUAAGCCGUCAACUCAUGUUCUAAAGAUUUGCGCAAUUUGCUUUGUUGAUUUUUUAAUAUUUUUUUCCAAAGCAAGGAACACGACAGAGCAGCUGUUUGUGGAGUUGUAGCUACCCUGCUGUUUUCAUAUUUGCUAGAUUUUGUUUCUUUGUGUUCUGUUCUUUUUUCUCCUGUUAACUUGUAAACUCUUCCCACAGCUCCUCGGCUGUAACGUGAUGAACCACUGCAGUUUCUAAUACUUUACAUGUACUGAGCUUUGGCUCUUGUCUCUGUCUCGUGUAUGAAAUUAUUACAAAAUUACAGCAAUUAUGUUAAAAAAACUGCUUUAUGUAUUCUGUAGCAAUGAAUUAGUAAAACUCUAUUUUGAAAAAUAAGAUAAUUUUGAAAAAAAAUUAAAACAAGUGUGAUGCAACAAAGUUAUUUGUACAAACAAGGUACCAUCUAAUAGCUGAAAAUAGUAUUAAACAUGCUUUUAAAAUUCUGUGUAAACAGAACUUUUGGAUGAGGAAAAUCCUUCUGCGUCCAUAUGAGUCAUUAUUAAUGAUAGAUUACACCAGACAGCUACCGUAACAGUUGGUAUCGGUUCCUUACAGAACAGUAGGGAACAGCGUUUCCUGCCCUUGUUGCUUGUGUUGCUGAGUAGCAGAGAAACUCUGUUAGAGCUGAGGGGAGUCUAAGAGAAGUCUGAGAAAUUGUGAACUUGACAAAUAAACAUACCUUGUUGCAUCCUGA